AGUGGUAACAUUAGCUCCGGGAAGCCAUGUCACAAGAUGAGCGCACGGCGUGACGUCCGGAGGGUGGGAGCCGUUUCUCAACGUAGCCAACGGGCUGCAUGCAGACUCCACUGCGAGCCUGUCAAACACAACCAACACAGCCAACAUGGCGGACUGGGACGCUGAAACCUUCGAGCCGGAGGAGCCGAUUAAAAAGGCGGCAUCGAUGGACAAAUGGGAAGGCGAAGACGACGAGGACGAUGUUAAGGACAAUUGGGAUGAUGAUGAUGAAGAAAAGGAAAAAAAGGCAGAGAUGAAGAAAAAGGCAUUGGAAAAAAAGGUUUCUGAAAAAAAAAAGCUGAGUGAGAAGAUCAAAGAGAAAGAGAACCAGUUGAAGAUACAACAGGAGCAGAAGAAGAAAGAGUUGGAAGAAGAACUUGAUCCUGAAGAACAACUUGCAGAAAAGUUGAGGGUGAAGAAAUUACAGGAAGAGGCUGACUUGGAGCUCGCUAAAGAUGCUUUUGGUGUUGGCAGCACUUCAAUCGCUGUCACAGGAAUUGAUGCCAUGUGUCCAUCUUCUAAAGAAGACUUCACAGAGUUUGAAAAUUUGCUGAAAGAAAAGAUAUCCCAGUUUGAAAAAUCGGUGCAUUAUUCAAGUUUCUUGGAUUCAUUGUUUCGAGAACUCUGUAUUUCAUUGGAAGUAGAGGACUUGAAGAAAGUCAGUAAUUCCCUGGCAGCCCUACUUAGUGAAAAACAGAAACAAGAAAAACAAAACAAAGGCAAGAAGAAGAAGAAAGGGGUCGUACCUGGAGGCGGAUUGAAAGCACAGUUGAGGGAUGACCUUGACUAUGCAGAGUUUGAUGGUGGCUACGCCCAAGACUAUGAGGACUUCAUGUGACACUGGCUCCAUCACUACUGCCCUUUACUCCUUCUAACCCUCAGAAAUGCAGCUGUACCUUUUCAUGCUGUCCAGUGGCAUCCUGGAAAAUCUGAACUAUGUGUUUCCUCCUUCAUUUUGCUUUAACAACCAGAGGGACUACACCAGGGAGCAUCCAGUCUCACCAACUCUUUAUGUUAAUACAAAUGGAAUUGCCUUUUCUGUCUCAUUCAGCCUCUUCUCACACACAUACAUUAUCUGUUGGGUGACCCAGCUUCAAUGGAGAAUAUGUUGUAAUUGCUGUUGGCUAAGUUUUGCGGGCCUCAUUUUUUAUUAAAUGUUGCUUCUUUUGAAACAGCAGAUACAGUAUUGCAGUUCUAAGUAAAAUUACAUAGAAAAACAAGGGCCUAUGCAAAUUUAUCCAGAAUUUCAUAAAUAUAUUAUAGCUCUUGCUUACCUGUGGAUGGUUAUUUUACAGCAAAGUAUAGUAUCUAUAACUUGGGUUGCCAAAUUCAGAACAACUAUUCAUCUUUAUUUCUGGAAAGGUUGCAUUGUGCGUGAUUUGAGACCGACACAUCUUCUAAGUACUAGUUGUAAUUUUACAGAGAACAUGCCAUACACUAAGGUUAAAGGGAUAGACAAGUAGACUAAUAGAUGUGACUCGAAAACCUCAUAGCAUCUCUUGAUAGAUCUCUGGAAUACUCUUGAAAAAAUGGAGCUCAACGUAAAAGGUUUAUUUCUUUUUUUUUUUUUUUUUUUUUUUU